CAUCAGCAGUCGCGAGUGAUUGAAGUAGUGUAGCUCUGAAUGCACUCUAAUUUAUCCAAGUAUGUGGAGUAUUUAUUUGCUGUCUAUUUUAUUCGCGAUAUCUUCUCUAGAGGCAGCAGUGACUGAACCAAUCGUUCAUACGCAAUUCGGUACAAUUCGUGGUAAAUGGUUGAGGAGUGCUAGGAAUGUUGCUGUUGCUGCCUACCUGGGGGUGCCCUACGCAGAGCCACCGAUUGGAUCGCUACGUUUUGAGAAUCCUCGAGAGUGGAAUGGCCAUUGGAAGCAAAUUCACAAUGCCGUUGAUGAUGGACCUCCUUGUGUUCAGCCGACGGAUGAUGGCCACAUUAUUGGAAAAGAGGAUUGUCUUUAUUUAAAUAUUUUUGUUCCUGCCAUUCCGUAUGAAUCCAAACUCUCCGUUUUGGUGUUCAUUCAUGGUGAGGGUUUUAUCACUGGCAGCAACAAUAGUACUGAAUUGGCGCCAGAUUAUCUCAUGGAUCAGGACAUCAUAGUCGUAACAGUCAAUUAUCGACUUGGAAUUUUGGGAUUUUUGAGUACUGGUAAUGAGGCUGGACCGGGCAAUUACGGUGUCAAGGAUGUUGUCCAGGCACUCAAAUGGGUCCAAGCGAAUAUUCAGGAUUUUGGUGGAGAUAAGAAUUCGGUAACUCUGAGUGGGGCGAGUGCUGGAGCAGCGUUGGCUCAUCAUUUAGCUUUAUCAAAUCGUACUAAGGAUCUCUUCCAUCGGCUCAUAACUCAUUCAGGAUCAGCACUCGCACCCUGGGCUAUGCAUCCAGCUCGAAUUGCAAGAAUCAGGUACUUGGCGGUUGCUGUUGGGAUGAACUGCACCACCAGAGAAAAAAUUCUGGAUAUAGCCUACGUCCCUAUGACGCACACGUUGUUUGACGAGAUUCAGGAAAUUCAAGACGAUAUUCAAAUCCUCGAGUGCUUGAGGUAUUCCAAUACGCAUGAACUCACUAAGCAACUGAGUCUUUUCGACGAAUGGUUCGGCAGUCCCUACGGAACCUUUGGUCCCACACUCGAACCGGAAAGUAAUGAAGCUUUGAUAACUAGAAAUCCGAAAUCGAUUAUAGAAAAUCAGGAAUUUCGAGACAUUCCUUGGAUGACUGGGGUUGUCACCGAAGAAGGUCUAUCCAAAACAUUAAUGUUGCAUUCCAAUGAAUCCUUGCGGGAGUCUCUACUCGAAAAUUUCGAUGAUGCAAUCCUAGUAGUUCUCGAAGUGGAGGAAGUCGUGGCAAAUACUUCUCUAUUUAUCGAAGAGCUACUGAAUUUCUACUUUCCUGACGGAUUCGAUGCGGACACGAGCGAGUUUUUUGAAAAUUUAACAGCGCUGGUCGGUGAUGGGCUAAUCUACUAUUGGUCGCAUGAAGCCUUGCAGACUCAGGCCGAAGAAAUGGAGUCGAAUAUCUAUUCCUAUGUGUUUGCCUACGAGGGCACUUUCUCCGCGACUUUGCAAAAUGGCGGUCCACGAAAAUUAGGGGUAUCUCAUGGGGACGAUAUAAACUACUUGUUUCCCUUUUUAAACUCUCAGUUGGCUGAUCUGCAACUGUUUAAUACAAUAGAAGACGACACCAUGAUUCACAUAAUGACUGAGAUGAUAGGCACAUUUGUAAAAACGGGAGUACCAUCCGCACAGCUAACACCGGAUUGGAGGCCAUAUCAAGAGGAUUUCCGAUUCAUGAGACUAGGAAUGGAGAGAUCGCCGGAUAUUUCGAUGGAAAGCUACUUCCUGCCGAUCAGAAUGGACUUCUGGUAUCGUCUCAUGGGCAACGUUUCCGUGCCGAGGGAACAACUAUUCUUUGAGCUGUACGAGGACGAUACUGCUGAGGAUGUCACCAAGGAGGACUCCACCAAUGCAAUUUCCGGACACUCCGAAUGCAUUUCUUUCCAGUAUAUCAUACUCCUAUACGCUAUUUGCCUCCUCUUCUAGAUCCUCUUCCUUUUUCAUAAAAAAUUGUUCUCACAUAGUGAUAAUUUAAGAGACAGAUAGAAUGGAAUUAUUUAUUGACUAGAAGAAUUCGCAAUAAAGGAUAUUGCCAUGAUCGACAUACAAA